GAAGCAAUAAAAAUUCAGUUUAGUCACAGUAUAGAAUUGGUUCAGUUCACUACAUCGAUCAAUGGAGACAUCUCUAAAAAUGUUAUUUUUAACGUUAGCAAUAACAUUGCUCUCAAAACAGUGCAUAUGUGUCAAUAGUGGUUUUACGUUUGUUCUUUUGGAAAAUGAUGAACCAGCCAAAGAGUGGUGGCAAACGGCGUCACUUUACCAAAUAUAUCCAAGAUCAUUCAAAGAUUCAAAUGGAGAUGGUAUCGGUGACUUGAACGGUAUCACAGAGCAAUUGGAAUAUUUGAAAGAGAUUGGUGUAUCCGCAACAUGGCUAUCACCAAUAUUUCGGUCGCCCAUGAAAGAUUUUGGAUACGAUAUAUCCGAUUUUUAUGAUAUCCAACCCGAGUACGGAACAUUGGGAGAUUUUGACAAAUUAAUUGCUGAAGCACAAUCCCUAAAUAUAAAAAUUAUAUUAGAUUUUGUGCCAAAUCAUUCGAGCGAUCAAAAUGCAUGGUUCAUCAAAUCAGUUAAUAAGGUGCCAGGUUUUGAAGAUUUUUAUACAUGGCAUCCAGGCUAUGCUGAUGCAAACGAUCCGUCAAAACGGCUACCUCCAACAAAUUGGAUAAGCGUAUUUCGAAAAAGUGCAUGGCAAUGGAACGAACAAAGGGGUGAAUUUUAUUUGCAUCAAUUUUUAGCUGCGCAACCUGACCUGAACUAUCGUAAUCCAAAAGUGGUUGACGAAAUGAAAAACGUGCUAAGAUUCUGGUUAGAUCGCGGAGUAUCCGGCUUUCGAAUUGAUGCUGUACCCUUUCUAUUCGAAAUAAAAGCAGAUGAAGAGGGCCAGUUUCCGAAUGAACCGCACAGUGGCGAUACAAAUGAUCCAGACGAUUAUGGAUACUUGAAACACAUUUUUACUUACGAUCAACUAGAGACAAUUGAUAUGGUUUAUCAAUGGCGUGAAGUAUUAGAGGAACAUCGACGUCAGAAUGGCGGUGAAGCUCGUAUCAUGCUCACUGAAUCUUAUUCACCAUUGAACAUUGUUGCUCAGUAUUAUGGCAACAGCACUCACAAUGGAUCUCAUGUGCCAUUCAACUUUCAAAUAAUAUCACGCAUAUGGAACGAAUCAAAUGCCUAUGAUUACAUUGCAUGCAUUGAUGAUUUCAUGAAAAUUGUGCCAAAGAAUCAGGUGGCAAAUUGGGUAGUUGGAAAUCAUGACCAGCAUCGUGUUGGAUCCAGGCUCGGAACAGAUCGAAUCGAUGCAAUAAAUAUGAUAAUUUUAACUUUGCCAGGAAUAAGCAUAUCAUACAAUGGAGAAGAGAUAGGAAUGACCGAUCAGUGGCUGAGUUGGAAUGAUACAGUUGACCCAGCUGCCUGUAAUAGUAAUCCGUCAAUCUACACACAAUUCAGUCGAGAUCCUGAGCGAACACCAUUUCAAUGGAAUGAUAAGAGAAAUGGUGGAUUUUCGACAGCACCCAAAACGUGGUUGCCCGUUGCCGAUAAUUAUAAAGAGGUUAACGCUCAGAAAGAAGAAAAUGAUGAAAAUAGUCACUUGAAAGUCUAUAAGAAAUUGAAACAGCUUCGAAAAGAAGCAGUUUUUCAAAAUGGUGACACAAAAUAUAUGGCUCUAACACAACAAGUAGUUGCUAUUGCAAGGUAUUUUGAAGGUGAACCACUUUACAUAACUGUAGCGAACAUUGGACCAUUCAAGGAAACAGCCGAUCUAACUGAAAUUGGAAUAAAUCCAACUGAAACAUUAACAUAUCAUAUCGUCGGAGUAUCAUCAAAACAUACCAUCAAUGAACAAAUAACGUCCAAUCAAAUAGUUCUUCAACCUUUCGAAUCCUUUAUAUUACGAGGCAAAACUGAUGUAAAUCAACUGGAAUCAUUUGAAUAUUUUCAAUACAGUGUAGCUGAUUUCUAAAUCAUAUUCGUUUUAACAAACCUUGAUAAAAUGUCAAAUAAAUGCCGACUUUGCAUUGAAACUUUAUUCAGAAGUUAUUAAAUUAGAUAAGUAAAGUGCGGCGUACGAAAAUACCAAAUCAAUAAUAUUUUACACUUAUGACUUCUUAUCCUUAAUUUGUUCUCCCUCAUUAUUGUAUUAGGUUAUAACAAAAUGAUUGAACCACCAAAAGCCAAUAAAGUUAAAUGAAAUGACCACAAAUGCAUAUUUGCA